GCAAAUGAAGACUUCUAUUACGCAACAGCCUUCGCAGAGAUAAAAUGUGAUCACUAAAGAGCCUGGCCUGCUAAUCAAGUAAACAAAGUCGUGCCAGUGGCAAGUCUACAACGUGAAUAUGAAGAAUUUUGUGAUUCCUGAGAAAAGUUUAUUUCCGAUACAAAAUUUGCCGUAUGGUGUAUUCUCAACUAGAGAAGAUGCUUCUCCCAGGAUCGGAGUUGCAAUUGGCGAGAAGAUUUUGGAUUUGAAAUCCAUCAAGCAUUUAUUCAGUGGUCCUCAUCUAAAUGGAAACCAACAUGUUUUUGAAAAAAGCACUCUCAAUAGUUUCAUGGCCUUGGACAGGAAGGCUUGGGCAGAAGCCAGAUCUACAUUACAGAAACUAUUAUCAGAAGAUGGGCAAUUGCAGGACUCUUCUUAUUCAAGAUCAUUUGUUGCCCAGAGCGAAGCAAAAAUGCACUUGCCGGUUACAAUUGGAGACUAUACAGACUUUUAUUCGUCUAUUCAUCAUGCCAGAAAUGUCGGAAUGAUGUUUAGAAAAGGUGAUGCCCCACUCCUUAAAAACUGGCUCCAUCUACCAGUUGGGUAUCAUGGUCGUGCAUCUUCGGUUGUAGUAUCGGGCACACCAAUCAAACGACCUUGGGGUCAAAUUUGUCCCGACAAUACUGAGCCCAUAUUUAGUCCCAGUCGAUUUGUGGAUUUUGAGUUGGAGGUUGGAUUUCUGAUUGGAGGUGCACCAACAGAACUUGGUCAGCCCGUCCCAAUUGAUCAAGCUGAAGAGCAUAUUUUUGGCUUGGUUUUAGUCAACGACUGGAGUGCAAGGGAUAUUCAAAAGUGGGAAUACGUUCCGUUGGGACCAUUUGGCUCAAAAAAUAUGGGAACUUCGAUUUCGCCUUGGGUUGUGACAAUGGAAGCUCUUCAGCCAUUCAAAACACAGAAUGUACACAGAGAGAAGCAGCCGUUGAAGUAUCUUCAGCACUCAGAUGAUUAUAACUUUGACAUAAAGUUGGAAGUGCAUUUGAAACCUAAUGGAGCAUCACACAGCUAUCGUAUCAGUGAGACAAAUUACAAAUAUUUGUAUUGGACCCCAAAACAGCAACUCGCUCAUCACACAGUCACUGGAUGUAACAUAAAGCCUGGUGACAUGAUGGCAUCUGGUACCAUAAGUGGCCCAACGCCUGACUCGUUUGGUUCAAUGCUUGAAUUGUCGUGGAAUGGCGAAAAGCCACUUAAAUUGGAAAAUGGAGAAACAAGGAAGUCAAUAGUCGAUGGUGAUGAGAUAAUUCUGACAGGUUUUUGUGACAAUGGUAAAUUUAAAAUUGGCUUCGGUGAAUGCUCAGGAGUGCUGCUUCCAGCCAACCAAUGAGUGUGAAAUUGGAUUUUAAAUGGAUCCAGGAGAUAAUAGACUGGAAAAUAUCAAUUUGUCAGAAUAUGAUUUGAAUAAAAAUGAAUUUUCUAUACUCAGUUGUAGAGAAUUGAGAUACAA